GGCGCCGUCUGCAGCUGGAAUCCCUCCGAACCGUCCGGGAAGUCUGCGCAGUCAGCAGGAUGAUGGUGAUGCUCAGGCCACAGAAAACAAAGCCUAUAAAUAGCACGACGCUGAUGCGUUUCCUCCUGUGAGGUCAGACUGUGGAGGGGGCGUUAGGACCCAGCAGCAGCUCGGUCUGCCCGGCUCUGACGCUCUGCGGGUGGACGUGCAGGUUGGAACGCCGCGCAGGUGCUGAGGCUGGAUGAGGGACGGCUCCCCGCUGCAUCAUCCGAUUUUUCUGGCAGUGGAUCCAGUCGACAUUUCUUCAUUCCAUGAUUGCUGGAUAUGCAUCACAUGUGAUUGUGAAGAUUUGCGAGGAGAACCCUUCAUUAAAAACUCAUCUCUCUGCCUCCAUUAAGGAACAGCCAUAAAGCACCAUGGGAGGUGCUGUUGUGGAUGAUGAAGCACCAACAGUGAAGGCCCCAGAUGGAGGAUGGGGCUGGGCAGUGUUGGCUGGGUGUUUUGUCAUCACAGGCUUCUCCUAUGCAUUCCCUAAAGCAGUUAGUGUGUUUUUCAAAGAGCUGAUCCGGGAGUUUGGAGUUGGAUACAGCGACACCGCCUGGAUCUCUUCCAUCCUGCUGGCGAUGCUUUAUGGCACAGGUCCUCUGUGCAGCGUGAUGGUCAACCGCUUUGGCUGCCGCCCUGUGAUGAUGGUGGGAGGCCUCUUCGCCUCUCUGGGAAUGAUCUUGGCCUCCUUCUCCACCAGCAUCAUCCACAUCUACCUCUCUACUGGAGUCGUCACAGGUCUGGGAUUAGCUCUGAACUUCCAGCCAUCUCUCAUCAUGCUCAAUCGGUACUUCAGUCUGAAGCGUCCUCUGGCCAAUGGGCUUUCUGCUGCUGGGAGCCCCGUGUUCCUCUGCUGCCUCUCGCCUCUGGGUCAGCUUCUUCAAGACUAUUACGGGUGGAGGGGAGGCUUCCUCAUUCUUGGUGGGCUUCUGUUGAACUGCUGUGUGUGUGGAGCCCUUAUGAAGCCCCUACCGAUUCCCAAGACCGUGGAACAGCAACACGACCAGCAGGACAAGAAGAAGACAAAGAAGCUGCUGGACUUCUCUGUAUUCAAAGACAGGGGGUUUGUCAUCUACACCCUAGCAGCAUCCAUCAUGGUGCUGGGCUUGUUUGUGCCGCCUGUGUUUGUUGUGAGUUACGCCAAGGAGCUGGGGAACGAGGACACCAAGUCUGCCCUGCUGCUCACCACCCUGGGCUUCAUCGAUAUUUUUGCUCGACCAACCUGUGGUGUGAUUGCCGGAUUGACAUGGGUGCGACCUCGGUGUGUCUACUUGUUCAGUUUUGCAAUGCUCUUUAAUGGAAUUGCUGACCUGGUUGGCUCACAGUCCAAAGACUACGUGUCUCUAGUCAUUUUCUGCAUCUUCUUCGGGAUCUCCUACGGCAUGGUGGGCGCGCUGCAGUUUGAGGUGCUGAUGGCAAUCGUUGGCACUGAGAAAUUCUCCAGUGCAAUUGGCCUUGUCCUCUUGGUGGAAGCUAUUGCUGUGUUGGUGGGACCACCAAGUGCAGGGCGACUUCUGGACGCUACCAAGAACUACAUGUACGUCUUCCUGCUGGCAGGAAGUGAGGUACUGCUCUCAGGAGUGGUUCUGGCUACUUGCAACUUCUUAUUUAUCAAGACGGAACCCUGUGAACUGACACUCUCUCCGGGUGAGAGCGUCACACUGGCAGAUGAUAGGAUGAAGCAAAGUAGCAGCAUGCCGCAGAAAGUGAUAAGUGAGAACAAGAAUGACAACAAUGUCCGACCAAAGAGUGAAGCAGUGGACUCACAGGAGGUGGAGAGGUUCUUAAAGGAGCCGGAGGCUAAUGGUGACAUGGCUGCUUGUCCUGAAACCUGUCUCUAGGUACAGACAGAGCGUGCAGGUGAAAUGUACUAGUUAGCAGCAUUUCCAACCCCAAGCUUUGGCCAUAAUUCAAUGUUUGAGUGAGUGAUGUGUUUAUGUCUGUCACCAAAGUAGCUGUGACUCUGCUACCAUCCAAAUGAUUGUUAGCAUGGACAGCUGUGUCGGCUUCGUUUUUCCAUUCAAUGUUUGCCGAUUGGGAAAACUGAGCCGCAGUGCUGCCAUGUGUAUAACAUAGUUUAUAACAAAUGUUCAAGUUAUUUUUUAUGGAUGUCACCACCAGCAAAUAAAAUUAAGGGAUAAUUUUGUCAAAAUUCUGCAUUCUAUGCUUUAGCAAAUGACAUAACAAGUGAUUUGUACAGAUGAAUGUAAGCUCCCCGAAAAAGAAACACAGUAAAGUUGCAAUAUGUAAUUUUUGACAAAUAUGUAAAAAAAAAAAAAAACAACAACACAUUUUAUAAAACUGUCAUCAUGAGGUGACAGUACGGGAUGAGACAGAUAAUGUGCAAAAAAUGUCCAGCUCCUCUAUCCGUUAAACUUGCUUUGUCAGAAACAACCAAUCAGAGGAGGAGGGUCUCAGUGCUGUCAAUCACAGCUUGUUCCCCACAGUGAAACCUGCCAUGAAUGCUAAGGCCAGUUAGCAUAGCCACCAAUGAUGGCAGAUAAACUGUUUUCCUAGAAUAGUAAGUCGUUUUUCCACCAUGAGCACAUUUAGCAGUGCAUUCACAAGGUUGAUUGACAGCACUAAGCCCCUCCUCUGUCUCUGAUUGGUUGAUUGCUUUGAGUGCAUUUCUUCAGAUGACAAGAGUAGCUCAGGAAGUGGAGGAGAUUGAUCUUUUCACAGAUUAUCUGCCUCAUAUUAAACGGCCUCAACACUUCUAACAAAUGUAAAAAACAUACUUCUGUCAGGUACAGACUGAAGCAGUAUGCAGCAAUAUGGAGCAGUUUGAUUUGGAUGGAAUUUGACACAAUUACAGAACAGUGGGGGCGUAAACAAUCUGAUUCAGACCAGCCACUCGAGGCCAUGAGUGAUGUCAUCAGAGAGUAAGGUCACCAGACACAGACUCGAUUGGAUUCAGUUGUCCAUUUUUACCAGGUUUCAGGCUGGGUGACUGUAUCAAGACACUGCCUAGCAUAUGGGGCCAACUACACACACUGUUGAAACCAGAGUGAAAGGCUAGGCUAACCAAGGAGGUUAACCUAGCAUGCCAGGGAGUCAGAACGUAGAAUACUUGACCUCUUUCAAACCCUGCAUGAGACCCCCAUCACGCUCCUAGUGAUGGUGUUUAGUCCAACUACAUGGCAUCCUGUCUGUCUGUCUGUGUCAGAUGACUGCCAGACAUUCUGUUAGCAUCCUGCCACACUAUCAUUCCAGUCAGGCUGCCACUGCUGUCCUCUGGUGAGCCUCUACACCUGCCAGCUCCUUGCAUUUUAACUCAAGAACAUCCUCUGUGCCGCUCUCCACCAGAUGACUUUCUAAUUUGACUAUUCGUUUGUGGUCCUUUACAUGGUGCUUAACUUUUGUCUCAAUAAUUAAUUUUUGAUGAAGUGGAAGGAAAUUCAUUUUCAAUAAAAGGGGGAAUAGAAUGAAAGGCUAGUAAAUCAUCCUACCUAAGUUUAGAGUCCGAUCAUAGAGGAACAAACGUAACGUUUAAGAAGAAAGACCCAAGCUGAAUAUAAUGUCUAGCUCUGCUCCACUGUUUGAACAGCAUGUCACAGAGAUCAUCAAUUCUGAACUUCAAAACAACCUAAUGCUUCAGGCUUAGUAAAAGUAAAAUGACAAUUCUAUUCAGUACCAUGAAAAAGUAUUUACCUUGUUUGCUUCUUCUCUUUUAGUUAAACUCAAGUGUUUUUCAUUGGUAAACAUUUUUUUUAGUAUCAAAGAUGACCUGAGUAAAAACAAACUGGAGUUUAAAAAUGAAGGUUUGCUGCAUGAAUCCUAUCCAGACCAGCCUGACCAGGGGAGAAUGUAACUGGUUAUUUAAUUCUUGGCAGCAGUCACUGCCAUCCAUACACUAAAAUUGCUCAUCCCAAAACCAUUUUUUCAUUUUGUUUCUUGUUUUUUUUUUUUUUUUUUUUGCUUGCUGGAGUGCUUCUGUGUGACAAUAUAUUCUGAUGAUUGUCAGAAAUGCUUGUUUAUGGUUUUCAUUAUUAAUUAUAGCAAGUUGUUCAGAUCUUGAAUAAGCAAACCUGGUCAGACUGUCCCACCACCAUGUUUGGCUAUCAGUUUAUUUUUUUUCUGAGCCCAGAUGUCACAGGAACACAUCCACUGCAAAGUUCUACCUUGUCUCAUCAGUCCACAGAUAUUUUGGAGAUCAUCACUUACCAGUGUUUUCCUUGGAACUCUACCAUGGAGGCCAUUUUGUCUCGUCUGUAUUAUUGUUGAACCCUGACCUCUAACCUUCACAGGCUGUGUUCUGUCCUCCUGUGUCCUCCUGGAGGAGCCAUCCCAGGUCUCUGGGAGUGAUUCUGGUUGGCUGGCCUCUGCUGGGAAGGUUCUCCAGGGCUCCUUUGUUUUGUCUGAUUCUGGCUAAAGCUCUCGUUGUGCUUUACUGGAGUCUGGAUGAGUUAAUGAGGGAGCCAAUUAAUGUUCUAUCUAGAACCAGGUUGGUUUGGAUAACUUCAUUUUCACUAGAGUUGAGAUCAUCUUUUCUUAAGUGAAUUUUGAUUUUGCUGAGGUUAUCUCUGACUGAGUGACUACAACAUGGCUCACUGCCAUCAGUCUGUGUGUGUGACUGAAUGACUGUAAUUACAGGCCAUUUACUAUUUUUACCAUUUCAGUGUUUUUGAUUAUCUGAAAAACACAAGAGUGACCAAAACUAAAACAUAAAGUUAAAAAAAACAAUCUGUAAAGGGGAAAAUACAAUUUCAUGUCGUGUCAUUAAAUAGAAAGUUAUAAAAGUAAAUUUAUACCGGAAAUAAAACUGAGUGCCUCACGUAAAAAAAUCAAUACAGCGUAAAAACUAAUAACAUAUACUUUAUAUAUUUUUUUAGUUUUUAUUUUUUCAGGAAAUUUGUGAUAAGAGAGGUGCAGAAUCCUGUCAGCCUUAUCCUUUAAAUAACAAAGUGCUGCUUUCUGCUGUUCUGCAUUCUUAAGUGUUGGAAAAGCUUUAUGUGUCUGUAUAACCAGAAACUCAUUCCUGUCAUAUGGCUUGAAAUCUUGUGUGUCACAAACUUCUAACAGAUUGCAGUUUCUUUUCUUCUCUUCACUUUUGAAUCACAAGGCAGGAAAUGUCUUCCCCCUCAGUUUGUGACGUGACACAAACUAACCAGGUCAGGUACUAGUUAGAUACGAUACUAAACAUGGCUGCAAAAUGUGGCAGCUGGUUGGAAAGUCCUGCUGCAACUUUUGUCUCAGAGUUUGAGGUUGGGGGUAAAUAUUUUAUGCCUUAAGUCUUUAUUGUGGCAUUCAAAAGACAGAGAAGCAUUUCACUGUGAAUCAGACGCCCCGGUCUGCUUCACUCUCCACAGGUUAUGUCGUUCCUACUGACUUGUAUAUGAUUGUGAAUCGCUGUUAUUGUGAGCUUACUUGUGUUGAUAACAUUAUACUGCCUCUCUAAAGUACUGAGCUCACUUAGUUUCACAACCCAAGAUGUCCAGCAGAGGUGAUGCAAUAGCUUUCUAUGGAACAAAGUGUGUUCUGCAACAUCGUUUGCUGUUUGUGGAGUAAAAAGGCAUAUUUAAUCAAAAUAUUUUAACAAAGUAAUUCUAAUUUGCUAUUACAUUUUUUUAUGGACAAUGUUACACAUUACUGUUCCUUGUGUGUUUUUUAUUGUCUGUAGCAUUUGUGAGUGUUUCAAUAAAUAUAUUUUUUGCUGUUCUA